AUGUUUGUCCUUCCCCCUCCCCCUCCGCGCUAUACCAUCCCUGUCGCCUAUGCGGCGGGGGCGGCAAAUGGCAUGGCAGUCCCUGUUGUGGAAACGAACAAUACUAUUACGCACCCGGAGCGUGGAUGUCCAUUGCAAGUUGGUGAGGGAACCUACACCCUUCGGGAUGAUCUACUCCUCGCGACACCCCCUCCCCACCCAUCUGAAGCUCCUAUCAUCAACCCGAACCCUCUUGCGACGCUACCCACACCCCCUACCUCUGGCGUAAAGCUAUCUCUUGUUUGUCUCGAUCCUCAAAAGAAACCUCCGACCUUCUUGAAGUCGUUUGUUACACCCCAAUUUGGGGAUGGAAAUCCCGCGCUUGCGGCGCCACCGGUGGCAGCGAAGGACAUAGCGAAGCGAAGGAAGCCCAAGAACAACAUCAUCAAGAGCAGCUCUUCCUUCGUGUCGCGAGUCAUCACCCACGAGACAUCUGCCAAGCGAUUGGGCGAUCGUGACUUGAGCGGUAUUUUUGCCUUUGCAAAUAUCAACCGAGCAUUCCAAUGGCUUGAUCUCAGUUCGCCUACAAAAGAGGAACAUCUCACCAAAGUCCUCUUCACCAAGGCACACAUGCUCUGUCAUGACGUCAACGAAUACACGAAGACAUUAUCACAUUUGGACAUUGUGAUGGGAUCUUCUGCGGGCGACAUUAUUUGGUAUGAGCCCAUGUCGCAAAAGUACGCUCGGAUCAACAAGAACGGCGUGAUCAACAACUCCCCCGUUACCCACAUCAAAUGGCUUCCGGGGUCUGAAAACCUGUUCAUGGCGUCCCACGCUAACGGUGUGCUGGUCGUGUACGACAAGGAGAAGGAUGAUGCCCUUUUCACUCCCGAGGCGAACGGCCAUUCCGAGGAAGUCGGACGAUUACCAUUGGAAAUCCUCAAGUCUGUGACCUCCAAGAACCAGAAGACCAAUCCGGUCUCAUUGUGGAAAAUGGCAAACCAGAAGAUCUCGAGCUUCGCCUUUUCACCGGAUCAGAGGCAUCUGGCCGUGGUUCUCGAAGAUGGAUCGCUGCGGGUCAUGGAUUACUUGAAAGAGGAGGUACUGGAUAUAUUCCGCAGCUACUAUGGCGGGCUGAUUUGUGUCUGCUGGUCGCCGGAUGGCAAAUAUAUCGUAACUGGAGGUCAGGAUGAUCUGCUGACGAUUUGGUCUUUCCCCGAGCGCAAGGUUGUUGCCAGAUGCCAAGGACACAACUCCUGGGUUUCAUCGGUAGCAUUCGACCCUUGGCGCUGUGACCAGAAGACAUACCGGUUCGGUAGCGUCGGCGACGACUGCCGCCUCCUCCUGUGGGAUUUCAGCGUUGGAAUGCUCCAUCGUCCUCGGGCACACCAAGCCUCAACUCGAAAUCGAUCCAGCAUCGUACUGCCAAAUUCACAGAAUGCCAACCGUCACCGCGCAGACAGCGGCGACAACCGUGUGCGCUCGGACUCGAAUGAAACCGAGAAGUACAAUGAGAAUCUCGAUCAGACGCCGAGUCAUCCCGUGGAACCCCGGUCUCGCACAGCUCUUUUGCCUCCAAUCAUGUCCAAAAUCGUCGGCGAAGAUCCCACCUGCUGGCUUGGCUUCCAGAAAGAUUGCAUUAUGACUUCCUCUCUUGAAGGCCAUAUCCGCACUUGGGAUCGACCCAGCGAUAGCGUCAACUCAUGA